GAAUAUUGUACUUACAUUUAUAACACGGCGAUCGUCCUCCUUGUAUAUAGGCUCUAUGGUGCGACAUAUGUACGAAUUAAUUAAGUUCGAUUGAAAGUGUAUUGUCAUUCACAGUUGGUCUUUAAAUAUUUUAAAAAUUUUAAUAUUUCUUUCUUUAAAAAUAUGGCUCUUUAUUCUCCGAAUGGAAUGUCACGGGGUUUGCCUGAUUAUGAAAGAGAGGGAAUUAAACAAGUAAAUUUCAGCCCUUACGCUGAUAAUGGAGGAAGCGUCGUUGCUCUUGCUGGUGAAGAUUUUUGUAUAAUUGCUGCAGAUAAUCGACUUAGUACAGGAUAUUCUAUUUGUACUAGGAAACAGGAAAAAUUGUUUUCUUUGUCGGAUACAACUGUCCUAGGUUGUUCUGGUUGUUGGUGCGAUACAUUAAGUUUAACUCGACUGCUAGCUGCUCGUAUGCAGAUGUACGAGCAUGAACAUCAAAAGAAGAUGACAACACCAGCUGUAGCUCAAAUGCUUUCAGCUAUGCUUUACUAUAAAAGAUUUUUCCCUUAUUACGUAAGCAAUGUACUUGCUGGAUUAGAUGAGAAUGGUAAAGGAUGCGUUUACAGUUACGAUCCUAUAGGGCACUGCGAAAAGUCAAUGUACAGAGCUGGAGGAUCUGCUGGUGCACUUUUACAACCGCUUCUUGAUAAUCAGAUUGGAUAUAAAAAUCAAGAAGGUGUUACACCAGAAUUACUUACACAAGAAAAAGCAUUGUUAGUAUUGAAAGAUGUUUUUAUAUCUGCUGCAGAAAGAGAUAUUUACACUGGCGAUGGGAUAAGCAUAAAAAUUAUUACCAAAGAUGGUAUAACCAGUGGAAGCUUUCCGUUAAGAAAGGAUUAAAAUAUUGGAUAUGAUAUAUGAAUUAUUGUGGUGAUAUAUAAAUAAAGUUUUUGCUUUCAUACAUACCUCAAUGUUUCGUAUAUAAUCAUAAUUACAAAUAUUAAUAUGCAGUUAUACGUAAAGAGAAAAGUUUAGUAUUAUACUACAACAUGUAUGCGUACAAAAUAUCUAAUGAUUGAUUAUUUCAUACACGGUUUUUAUGCUAGUCGAAUGAUUGAUUACUAUUCGGCAUUCUAUCAUAAAUUAAUAACUUUAUUUGAUCAUUGAUUUAUAAUGCUAUUUAAUUAACAUUUGAUGCAAUUAGUAAUUUAUAAUUUAAAUAGAUUUAAUAAAUGUUUUAUAUAAAGGUAACUGAAUAAACUUUAUUGAAUUU